CCAGUGACUCACCUCCGCCGCGCUAACUCCUCGUUCGCUCGCGCCUCACACACGCUCACACCCGGCUCGAGAUGGCGGCGGCCGCGGCCGCGGCGGGGGACUCCGACUCGUGGGACGCGGACACGUUCUCCGUGGAGGACCCGGUGCGGAAGGUCGGGGGCAGCGGCACCGCCGGCGGGGACCGCUGGGAAGGCGAGGACGAGGACGAGGACGUCAAGGAUAACUGGGAUGAUGAUGAUGAAGAAAAAAAAGAGGAAGCAGAAGUAAAACCAGAAGUAAAAAUUUCAGAAAAGAAAAAAAUAGCAGAGAAGAUAAAAGAGAAAGAACGGCAACAGAAGAAAAGGCAAGAAGAAAUUAAAAAGAGGUUAGAAGAACCUGAAGAAUCUAAAGAACUAACAGCAGAAGAACAGUUAGCAGAUAAACUACGGCUAAAGAAAUUACAGGAAGAGUCAGAUCUUGAAUUAGCAAAAGAAACUUUCGGUGUUAAUAAUACAGUUUAUGGAAUAGAUGCUAUGAACCCAUCUUCAAGAGAUGACUUCACAGAGUUUGGAAAGUUACUAAAAGAUAAAAUUACACAAUAUGAGAAGUCACUAUAUUACGCCAGUUUUUUGGAAGCCUUAGUUCGAGAUGUGUGUAUUUCAUUGGAAAUCGAUGACUUGAAAAAGAUAACCAAUUCAUUGACUGUACUUUGCAGUGAAAAACAGAAGCAGGAAAAGCAAAGCAAAGCCAAAAAGAAGAAGAAAGGUGUGGUUCCUGGAGGGGGAUUAAAGGCCACCAUGAAAGACGAUCUGGCAGAUUAUGGUGGUUAUGAUGGAGGAUAUGUACAAGACUAUGAAGACUUCAUGUGACAUUUUACCUUUUCUGGUGUCUUCUUUCUGUUGCCCACAAUCCCUUCAACAUGUAGCACAACUUCCUUUCCUUUCAGUUCUGCCAAAUGCUACAAUCAGAAGUGCAGUAUCUUUUGUGCUGGUUAUUUAACCCCUUGACACUUAGGUGCUAAUGUGCAAAUGAGGGAACUUGGAUCUUGCUGCCAAGGGGUUAAAAUUGGGAACCUCAGUUGCUACUAAAUCAUAGUUUUAAAAUCAAUCCUAAUAAUGUUGUCAUUGUUGCUAUCUGAUAGCAGCAGUUACUAAAUUGGAAACAAAGGUUGCAACAUGACAAAAAUUGUGUAGUAUUUACCAGCACCAUUCAGUAAUACAGCCUUAACCAUACCUCCUUGAACUACUUCAUAACUUGUCAAGAAAAGCAGUUUGCAGCAAGGGCAUGUGGUGUGCACCUAGUAUUAAAAUUGCUUUGUCUUAAAAUUGAGCGUGAGGAUAUUAAAAAUGCAUUGUGAAGAAGACUUUUAUCUCAGAGUGAAGAUACGACGACUACAGAGCACUAGUUUGAAACUUAAAAAUUAAAUGACCAAAAUCCUCCAACUUUGAAGCUGAUGAAGGUAAACCUCUCCAUUACUGCAUUAUAAGUUGUGGAAACUCUUGACUGCAUAAACUGUCUAGUUCUUUAUAUUUAUCAGAUUAUUCUACUGAUGGAGUGCUUCGUAUGGGGGAGGGAAGCCCUUUACCUGUUUUAUUUGCCUGAUUUUAAGUGUCUGAGAAACAAAUCUCCUUUGUUCUCCUAGGCUGCAGUGAACAACUUUAACAGGGUUUUGGCAUUUCCUUUCCUUUAUAAAACAUGCUCAGCAAACUGCACCAGUUAACUACAGUUUGGUAAAUUGUUAUGUUAACAAUUAUGACAUCUGCAAUGUUUUAUAAAGCAACUAAUUUAAUAAAAUCACUAUUGUGAGGACUUAAA